CCUCCACACCACCAGCCAAGAGAUUGCAGAAAGUUUGGCGUUUCUCAAUGUCUGUUUUCUAAGUCGCAGCAUACGCAGAGAGUUGCGAUGUUUCUGGAGUAACGGGAGUUCAGGCAGAGCCCAAUGGCAGCGCUGGAGCUGUACUCGAAGUUUGCUCGAGUCUGGAUCCCGGACACCACAGAGGUGUGGAGAUCAGCAGAGCUCACCAAAGACUACAAGCUCGGAGACACUGUACUACAUCUACAGCUGGAGGAUGAGACGGAUUUUGAGUACAAGUUGGACCCAAAGAGUGGUGUUCUGCCUCCCCUUCGUAACCCGGACAUCCUGGUGGGUGAGAACGACCUCACGGCUCUCAGUUACCUCCAUGAACCAGCUGUGAUGCACAACCUCCGGGUCCGAUUCACAGACUCCAAGCUCAUCUACACCUACUGUGGGAUCAUCCUGGUUGCCAUCAAUCCAUAUGAAAGUCUUCAAAUCUAUGGAUCGGACAUCAUCAAUGCUUACAGUGGGCAGAACAUGGGUGAUAUGGACCCUCAUAUCUUUGCCGUGUCAGAGGAGGCCUAUAAACAGAUGGCCAGAGACGAGAAAAAUCAGUCCAUCAUUGUGAGUGGAGAAUCUGGUGCAGGGAAGACCGUUUCUGCCAAAUACGCCAUGCGUUACUUCGCCACGGUCAGCGGCUCCUCUGCUGAGGCCAGCGUGGAGGAGAAAGUGCUGGCGUCCAGCCCCAUCAUGGAGGCUAUCGGAAACGCCAAGACGACGAGAAACGACAACAGUAGCCGCUUUGGUAAGUACAUUGAGAUUGGAUUUGACAGGAAACACCACAUCAUUGGAGCCAACAUGAGGACGUAUCUUCUGGAAAAGUCUAGAGUGGUGUUUCAGGCAAGUGAGGAGAGAAACUAUCACAUCUUCUAUCAGCUCUGUGCCUGUGCCCAUUUAGCAGAAUUUGAACCUCUAAAAUUAGGUAGCGCUGAUGACUUUCCCUACACUAACCAAGGCAGAAGUCCCAUCAUCGAGGGAGUGAACGACCUGAAAGAGAUGGAGGCCACAAGGAAAGCCUUUUCACUGCUAGGAAUAACUGAGGCACACCAAAUGGGUUUAUUCCAAAUCCUGUCAGCCAUUCUUCAUCUGGGGAAUGUGGAAGUGAAAGAGAGAGGAUCGUCUAGUUGUGGCAUCUCUGAUGAAAGCGGCCACCUGGCAGUGUUUUGUGACCUCACUGAGGUGUCGUACGAGUCCAUGGCUCACUGGUUGUGCCAUAAAAAACUCAAGACCGCCACAGAAACCCUAAACAAGCCUGUUACCCGACUGGAGGCCAUAAACGGCCGUGACGCUCUUGCGAAGCACAUUUAUGCCAAGCUCUUCUCGUGGAUCGUCAGCCAGGUCAACAAGGCCCUGAGCACUUCCUCCAAACCGCACUCGUUCAUCGGUGUCCUAGACAUCUAUGGGUUUGAGACAUUCGAGGUGAACAGCUUCGAGCAGUUCUGCAUCAAUUACGCCAACGAGAAGCUCCAGCAGCAGUUUAACAUGCACGUGUUCAAACUGGAGCAGGAGGAAUACAUGAAGGAGCAGAUACCAUGGACGCUCAUCGAUUUUUACGACAACCAGCCGUGCAUCAACCUGAUCGAGGCCAAGAUGGGCUUGCUAGAUCUUUUAGAUGAAGAAUGCACUAUGCCAAAAGGCUCAGAUGAUUCAUGGGCCCAAAAGCUGUACAACACUCACCUAAAGAAAAGCUCUCACUUUGAGAAGCCACGCAUGUCUAACAAAGCCUUCAUCAUACUGCACUUUGCAGACAAGGUUGAAUACCAGUGUGAUGGAUUUCUGGAGAAAAAUAAAGACACAGUCAAUGAAGAACAAAUUAAUGCGCUGAAGGCUAGUAAGUUUGCCUUGCUGGUUGAGCUCUUCCAGGAUGAGGAAACACCUGUAGCUCCGAGCUCCACAGCACCAUCUGGUCGUGCAAAGGUUGGGCGGUCAACCCAGUCUUUUAGGGAGCACAAGAAAUCGGUUGGACUGCAGUUCCGGAACUCUCUGCACCUGCUCAUGGACACGCUGAACGCCACCACCCCUCACUAUGUGCGCUGCAUCAAGCCAAAUGACGUUAAAGCCCCCUUCAUGUUGGACCCCCAUCGAGCCGUCCAGCAGCUCAGAGCGUGUGGAGUCCUUGAGACCAUUCGUAUCUCAUCUGCAGGCUUCCCUUCCAGGUGGACUUAUCAAGAGUUCUUCAGUCGUUAUCGUGUUCUAAUGAGGCAGAAAGAAUUCCUCUCAGACAGGAAGUUGACCUGCCAGAGUGUUCUAGAACGGCUUGUGCAGAACAAAGAUAAAUACCAGUUCGGAAAAACAAAGAUCUUUUUCCGGGCUGGACAGGUGGCUUACCUGGAAAAGCUGAGGGCUGACAAACUCCGUGCAGCCUGCAUCCACAUCCAAAAAACCAUCCGUUGCUGGCUCGCCCGGAAGAAAUACCUGCGUAUUCGCCAGGCGGCCAUUACCUUGCAGAGAUACACGAGAGGACACCAGGCUCGAUGCUUGUGCAAGACACUGAGAAGGACGCGGGCCGCAGUGAUCUUUCAGAAGUACACGCGCAUGUGGGCAGCCCGACGACAGUUCCUGCGACAGAGAGCAGCAGCGGUUCUCAUUCAGAGGUUACUGCGCGGCUAUACUGCCAGACUGGAGUACAAACGGUUGGUGUGUGAGCACAAGGCUUUACUGAUCCAGCGCUGGGUGCGUGGCUUCCUGGCCCGCUGGCGUUUUCGUCGCAUCAAGAGGGCUGUGGUGUAUCUGCAGUGUUGUGUGCGCAGGAUGCUGGCCCGUCGUGAGCUCAAGAAACUCAAGAUUGAAGCCAGAUCAGUCGAGCACUACAAGAAGCUCAACGUCGGCAUGGAGAACAAGAUCAUGCAGCUGCAGAGGAAACUGGAUGAGCAGCAUAAAGACAACCGAGAGCUUUCUGAGCAAACAAGGCAAAUGGAGAGCCACAGUGCCACUGAGUUGGAGAAGUUGCACGUGCAGCUCAAGACUCUUCAAGAGGCGGAAGAGGAGUCCCGUCACCGUGGAGACCUGGUGACAUCCUUACAGGAGGAGCUGGAACUGGUCCGUCAGGAGCUGGAGAAGAACAAAGAGAUGGUUGCUGAGCUGAAUGAGAAGAACACACUGCUGAAGAGUGAGAAAGAUGAGAUGAACAGACUGAUCCAGGAACAGGAGCAGCAGAUAAAAGAGAAAUCAGAGUCUACCCAUCAGGAGGCUACAGAGCACCUGCAAGCACAGCUGAAUGAGGAACGCUUCCGUUACCAGAACCUUCUGUCUGAGCACCUAAAACUGGAGGAGCACUGCGCUGAUCUGAGAUCAGAAAAAGAGGUGGCUGAGCUCUCCAAACAUGAUCAUAACAGAGCCGACUCUGGCUACAGCAGCAGCCAAUCAGAGAGCGUCCAUAGCUCUGUGCUCACAGGGUCAGAGGUCAGCUCGUUGGAAAGAGAGGAUGCUGGCCAGACGGCAGCUGAUGUGUCCCUGCUGCUGAAGCUUCAGAGGAGAGUCGCUGAGCUGGAGAAGGAGAAGAUGGACCUGCAGAGUGAGAUGGACACCAAAGAAGACCAGCUGCAACUGGAACAAACUAAAGAACUGGAAGAUUGUCAGAGAGUGUUAGGGGCUGAGAGAGACUAUGAAGCUCUGAAGCGUCAGGAGCUGGAGUCCGACAAUAAGAAGCUCAAGAAAGAUCUGCAGGAGCUCCGUCAGUCCCUCAGUAAGGGGUCAGGGUCAAAGUUGGCGUCCCCUGGAGGUCAGGCAUAUAACGUGCUCCUCGAACAGCUCAACUCCACCACAGAAGAGCUUGAAAUGCGAAAGGAGGAAGUGCUCAUGUUGCGAUCUCAACUGGUCAACCACGAGGCAUUUAAACAUAAGGAAACAGGAACCGAAGGAGAUUCAGGUGACUCAAGCAGAUCUCCCAGGUUGGACCUUCAUGAGCUCAAUGAGGAUGGAGAACUCUGGAUGGCUUAUGAGAGCCUGAAGGAAACUAACAGGAUUCUAGUGUCACAGUUGCAAACUCAGGGACAGUCCCACGAGAAGGAGGUGGAGGGUUUGAGGGCGGAGCUUCAGCAGUUAAGGGCGGAGCUUGAUCAUCAGCAGCAGAUGCUGUCGAACAGCUUGGAGCUUCCGCAUGACGCUCUAAUACAAGCCAGCCUGCAGCACGAGAUCAGUCGCCUCACACAACAAAAUAUGGACCUCUUGGAGCAGAUGGGGAAACAGGACAAAAUGAUCCGCAAACUAAAGAAACACCUGAAAAUCUACAUGAAAAAGUUUGGGGAGGCUGAGGCAGGUGUUCAUGUCGAGCAGUCCUCUCCAGAGAACAUAGUUGGCGAGAGCGGACGCAUGGUCAGUAUCGUUCGCAAAGAGAGGGAUUUCCAGGGCAUGCUGGAGUACAGGAGAGAAGACGAGAGCAAACUGUUCAAGAUACUCAUCACAGAGCUCAAACCCAGAGGUGUGGCGGUGAAUUUGGUCACAGGUCUGCCUGCUUACAUUCUCUUAAUGUGUCUGCGACACGCCGACUACGCCAACGAUGACCAGCGGGUCUCCACCCUGCUGAACUCUCCAUCAACGCCAUCAAGAACGUACUGAAGAAACGAGGAGAUUUUGAAACCAUUUCCUUCUGGUUGGCAAACACUUGUCGCUUCUUACAUUGCCUGAGGCAGUACAGUGG